GACCGCGUGGAGCAGCUGCUGUAUACUAUGCAAUAAUAUGUGGCGUCAGCGUGCGAGUAAUGCGCGGCCACGCAUAGUAGGGGGCGCGCAUCUAGCUAUCCCGGAAGUAACUCGUGUCCCGGAAGUGAGUAGCUGCUGGGUGCUGGUUGGAGCUGAUAUGAUGCGGCAGGACAGUAAUGAUGAGUCGGAGGAUGUUUCUCUCUUUGAUGCUGAUGAAGAAAGUUCAAGAAGCCCAAAAAAGAAAAAAAUGAGGCACCCCAUUGCAUCAUUUUUCCAUCUGUUCUUCCGAGUGAGCGCAAUACUUGUAUACCUUCUCUGCGAACUGAUCUCUAACAGCUUCAUUGCCUGCAUGGUGACCAUCAUCCUGCUGUUGUCAUGUGACUUUUGGGCAGUAAAGAACAUCACUGGAAGGUUAUUGGUGGGACUGCGAUGGUGGAACCAGGUGGACGAUGACGGGAAGAGUCAUUGGGUUUAUGAAUCCCGGAAGUCAGGCUCCGGAAAGAAAAGCUCCUCAGAGGCGGAGUCACGAAUCUUCUGGCUGGGCCUCAUCACCUGCCCUAUCAUUUGGGUGAUACUUGCAUUUAGUGCUUUGUUUUCGUUCAAAGUGAAAUGGCUGGCUGUGGUUAUAAUGGGGGUCACUCUUCAGGGCGCAAACCUAUACGGCUACAUAAAAUGUAAAGUGGGCACUCGAAAGAAUUUGACUAGCAUUGCCACCGGUUACCUAGGCAGCCGGUUCCUCAGACAGACCUUUUCAAGGGAAACCCAAGCAGAAUCCUAAACCUACUUUCAAUAUAGACACUAAGUGAAUUCUGUUUUUACCGGAGAACAGAUGGGGAUACAGUUGCCAAUGAAAUAGUAUAUGUUUAAUUGCUUAUUUUCCUGGCGGAUGGACACGAUGGCAGAGUUAUGCCAGUACACUUUUCAGAAAGUACAGAUUAGAUUACAUUUUCUAUUAAAGCAAUACAUCUCUGACGUAACAAAAACAAUUGCAAUGAUUUGGUUUGAGGGUAACCAAUGUAAAUAUGUAUCUAUAGACAUGUUAUAAAUGCUAGAUUUAUGUCAAGAAAUUAAAGAUUAUUUCCAAACAUU